UCCGCUCGCAUCGCUGCCUGGAGCUUUAAUACCAAGCACGCGAGGUGGUGCGAGACAAAACGAAAAUGGCGAAUAUUAUGAACCAGAUGAAUCCGCCGAUGACGGCAGCUGAGAGAGCACAGCGAUCAGUGUUUGUUGGCAACAUUCCAUAUGAAACAACUGAAGAACAACUGAAGGAGAUCUUUGCCCAGGCAGGACCCGUUGUCAGUUUCAGAUUGGUGUAUGACAGGGAGACAGGGAAACCGAAGGGUUAUGGCUUCUGUGAGUACCAGGAUGUGGAGACAGCUCAGAGUGCCAUGAGAAACUUGAACAACUAUGACUUCAAUGGCCGACCACUGCGUGUUGGUGUUGCAGCAGGGGAACAAAACAAGGAGGAGAUGAAAGGGAUGCAACAGGCUCUUGGGGGGCCUCCUAUUGAGAGUCCCUAUGGAGAACCAGUGGAACCUGAGAAAGCUCCUGAAGCUAUAUCCAAGGCUGUGGCCAGUCUUCCACCAGAACAGAUGUUUGAACUCAUGAAACAAAUGAAGUUGUGUAUCCAGAACAACCCCAAUGAGGCCAGGAACAUGCUUCUACAGAACCCUCAGUUGGCCUAUGCUUUGCUACAGGCUCAGAUUGUCAUGAAGAUAGUUGACCCACAAGUAGCACUGGCCAUGUUGUACCGAGAUGCCAACCAGGUGCCGCCCAGUACCGGCGCCGCUAACAAUGGACAGCCUUCCUCAUCAGCUCCCAACCAGAUGGGACCUUCCCAAGGUGGCCGAGGUCCUGCUCCAGGACAGGGCCCUGGGGGGUCACGUGGCAUGGGUGGUCCAUCAGGGGACAUGAUGGGUGGUGCUUCCAGAGGACCUAUGCCAGGUAUGGGUGGUCCAAUGGGUGGUCCAAUGCCAGGAGGUCAUCGUGACAUGGGUGGACCCUACCCUGGUCAGCCCCAGAGAUCAGAGUUCCGUGACCAGAGGAUGAUGGGGGGGGAUCCACGAAGCAUGCCGCAGCACCAAGCAGGACCAGGCAUGCAGGGGGGACAUGGAGGACAAGGAGUGUCCAUGAGACCACAGAUGGUUCCUCCUCCUCAGCAGGCACCGAUGCAGUCAGCCUUGGGUGCAUUAGGUGCAUUGGGUAACCUAGGCAACCUUGGCCAGCUGUCCGCGGGUGUGAUGUCCGGUCUGGGCGGUGGACUGGGAGGACCGGGGACUCAGAUCUCCCCACAGGACCAGGAGAAGGCUGCCCUCAUCAUGCAGGUGUUGCAGCUGACCGACCAGCAAAUCUCCAUGCUGCCACCAGAGCAGAGGCAGAGCAUCAUCAUCCUCAAGGACCAGAUUGCCAAAAGUGCCCAGUAGACCAGCCAAUCACAGUGGGGAAACUGGCUGCCGUCUUACAACUGGCUGUAUUAUUGGAAAAAUCAAUCAAUCACAUAGGCCAAAAACACAUUCAAUGUUGAUAUACACCUUGAAUGACCAUGAAACAUAUCUUGGUUGUCAUCUAAGCAUUACAAAAAUAAUUAUUUUAAACUUGUCAUCUGCCUGGAAUAAAGUGCCCAGAGACCAUGAACAUAUUUCUGCCAUUCAGUGUCUGAUUGGCCUGCAGUAUAUCAGACACACACAACAUUUUCUUCCUUUGUCAGGUAACCUAUUCAUACAUACAGAUCUGCAGAAGGUUCACCUUGUAUUUCAUUGUCAUGUUCUGAAUAAACAAUCAAAAUCACCA